AUGGGUAUCGAUCGCACAGACCUUUACGGAGACAAGCUUGCGGAACUUGUGGUUCAGGACGUUUCAAACCCAAUCCCAGCAGAAAAUGCAAUCCAUGCUCGACUAACUGGCAUUGAUGGAACUGCUACUGCCAUCCUGGCCAGCAAGAUCAAGACGGCCACCGACGACUUUGGUGGCUUCGCCCUAGUUGUCCAGGAUGAUACAAAGUAUGAUGACUUCUACUGGCUCCAAUUCAUCACUCGACAGCUUGUCGUUGACAAUGUUGCCAAAACCGGUAACCUCGUCAAUAAAGCAACUACUCCAGCAUAUCAGCUGGUAAUUGCUACUGGAGAGGUCACAGACUUCUCCACUGGUGCUGGAGCGUCAAACUGGAACACCUGCUGGGGAGUCGACUCUGGCCUCACCAAGGGCUUCUUCGCAGACACGUAUGAAUUCGCCAAGUCGGAUGCCCACAAGAUAACAGCCAUCCUGGACCCUCCAAGCGUUCUGAUGGGAAAAGUUCCAACUGACAAAGAGAAGGCCUUUUACAAAGAUGCUCCACAUGGUCUGGUCAAUAUGGAGACUGAGCUUGGAGAUGGCCAGGGAAUCUCCCGUGCCUACUUCUCUGACUAUCUCUUGAAGAAGGCCAAUGGGGAUAAUUAUCGUGUCUAUGCCCGCUUUGACCUGACGUUGACUUGGAACGCAAGGGAAGUGGGCAAGAAAAACUUCACACUCAACACUUUGGCUUCCACUGGGACCAACACGAUACUCGCUUGCCAUAUGGCUGCUCUACGGCACACCACGACUCCAGGCAACGAGGAGUCUUUCCGAGAGUUUCGCAGCAAGAUUAUUUAA